UAAACCUAGAUUGGCAAAAGCUGAAAGAAGGAAAGAGAUGGGUCUGCUGUCUCACAGAGUAGAAAGGAGUGAGAUAGCAGCAGGCGAUCAUAUCUACACUUGGAGAACUGUCUUCACAUACUCUCAUCACGGAAUCUACGUUGGUGGGAGCAAAGUUGUCCAUUUUACGCGUGGGCAAAAUGUUGUUUCAGGAGAUGCAAUUCUUCUCUCUGUUCCAUUAGAAUGCUCGUCAGCUUCGAGUACAAAUGUGUCUUUAACCUGUACAAAUAUCCCUGACUGUGGAUUUCAACUAAAGGAAAGUGGGGUGGUCCUCUCUUGCUUGGAUUGCUUCCUGGGUGAUGGAUUAUUAUAUCGCUUUGACUAUGGAGCCAGCCCUUCAGUUUUUCUUACUAAACUCCGAGGUGGCACAUGCACCACUGCACAGUCUGAUCUUCCAGAGGCAGUGAUCCAUAGAGCCAUGUACUUGCUUCAAAAUGGUUUUGGAAACUAUGAUGUCUUCAAGAAUAACUGUGAAGAUUUUGCCUUGUACUGUAAAACAGGUCUUCUUGUUCCGGACCAAGAUGCUCUUGGAAGGAGCGGUCAAGCUGCCUCUGUUAUAGGUGCUCCUUUGGCAGCUAUUGCUUCUUCACCCCUUAAGUUAUUCAUGUCAAAUCCGGCUGGCUUAGUCUUAGCAACCGCUGGAAUGUAUUGUUUGACGAGGUAUGCAAGUGACAUUGGUGUGAGGAGUGAUGUUACUAAGGUGAAAGUGGAGGAACUGACUUCGUUUCAUCAUAGCAAAAGCUCGAAGAAACCCAUCAAUGAGGACCAUUGUGAUACAAGAGAGGUGACUCUUAAUCAAACAGAUGCACCAGCUAAAAAGCGGCGAAGAUGUGAUUGAAACAAAAUUAGCAGAGAAGAUUAGGGGUCUGAAGAAGGUUUGGAUUAGUCUUUGUAAAUAGCUGGACUAGUCUUUUAUUUUUCUCCAGCAAAAUGCUAUGUCCUGUUUUGUUGGUGAUAUCUCCCAUGAUUUUUGUUCUUGCCAUUCUUGGUAACAUUAAUUCUGAUUGACAAAAAUAAGUUCGCUUUUGUUCUUUUAAAUACAUCAAAGAAUAUAUGAUCGUCUAUUAGUUU